UACUUUUUUUUUACUUUCUUUUGAAAACUGAAAAAAUCUCUAUUUAUUUUUUUUUCUUCAUCUUCAAUAAUAUCUAAGUUAAUAUAUUUUUUUCUUUGGUGUUUUAUUACCAUAUUUUUAAUGUUUUCAAUUUUUCAGUUAAUUAGUUAACCAGUAAAUCAUAAUCAACUAUUAACAGUCACCGGCAUGUAUGGUAGACUUGUUACUCAGGAUCAAUUAGUUGCCCUUGCUGCUGCUUCAUCUACAGCCAAUUCUGGACAAUCUGUUGGUUCUGUUGUUGUUGGUGUUAAUGUUACUGGUGGAGGUGGUGGCGGUGGUGGUGGUGUAGGAGGUGUAGGAGUUGGUGGUAUAAAUAAUGGUAGUGGAACUGUUGUAAAUUGUAAUGAUGUAAUUGUUUCCUCACUUUCCAAUCACUCAUCUAAAUUGUUAAACUUAAAACUCCGUGAUCCAGCAUCAGCACCUUUACGUAAGCUUAGUGUGGACCUGAUAAAAACAUAUAAAAGGAUAAACGAGAUGUAUUAUGCUAAAAAGAAACGACGUGCUCAACAAAAUCAAGGUGAAGAUGAUAAUACAACCCAUAAAAAGGAGAGAAAACUACACAAUGAUGGACAUGAUGAUGAAAAUCAUGAUUAUAUUGUUAGACCAGGUGAAAGAUUUUCCGAUAGGUAUGAGAUUGAUUCUCUAAUUAACAAAGGAUCAUUUGGACAAGUAGUCAAAGCCUAUGAUAUCAAAGAAAAAUGCCAUGUUGCCAUUAAGAUAAUUAAGAAUAAGAAACCGUUUCUCAAUCAGGCACAAAUUGAGGUAAAACUGUUGGAUAUGAUGAAUAACUUUGAUGCAAAUGGAUCAAUAUAUUCAGCCGGUAAAGAGAAGAUUGUUCAAUUAAAGGGACACUUUAUGUGGCGUAAUCAUCUUUGCCUAGUCUUUGAAUUGUUAUCUUACAAUUUAUAUGAUCUUCUAAGGAAUACCAAUUUUCGCGGUGUUUCUCUUAAUCUAACCCGUAAAUUUGCUCAGCAAAUCUGUACAGCAUUGAUGUUCCUCACCCAUCCUGAAGUAUCUGUUAUUCAUUGUGAUCUAAAACCAGAGAAUAUACUUCUCUGUAGCCCCAAGCGUAGUGCCAUCAAAAUAGUUGAUUUUGGAAGCUCCUGUCAACUGGGCAAUAGGAUUUAUCAAUAUAUUCAAAGCCGGUUUUACCGAUCACCUGAAGUUUUACUUGGUAUUGGUUAUGACAUGGCAAUAGAUAUGUGGUCGCUUGGUUGUAUAUUGAUAGAGAUGCACACAGGAGAACCUCUUUUCAGUGGUGCAAAUGAAUUUGACCAGAUAAAUAAAAUUGUCGAAGUACUUGGUUUACCACCUAAAUAUCUUCUUGACCAAACAGCAAAAUCAACCAAAUUUUUCGAUAAAACUUCUGAUGGAGGAGAGUAUACACUCAAGCUAACACAGGAAGGUAAAAAGUAUAUGCCUCCUGGCUCAAGGAAACUCCAUGACAUUUUGGGAGUAGAAACCGGUGGUCCUGGUGGACGACGUUUAGGUGAACCUGGUCAUUCAGUGUCCGAUUAUUUAAAAUUUAAAGAUCUCAUUUUAAGGAUGCUAGAUUAUAAUCCGAAAAAUCGUCUAACACCUCACCUUGCGCUUCAGCACAGUUUUUUUCGUCGUACCAAUGAUGGAAGCACCAAUACCAAUACCAGUCACAGUAUAAGUCCGCUAACAGAUCAAUCAUUAUUUUCUCAUUGAGUUUUGUUCUUUUUAAAAAAAUUUUCUUCUCUUUUUUCUUGGUGAUUGGUGGUGUUAAUGUGAUAAACUGUGAUUUCUUUUGGUGUUAAUAACCUGAAAGAUCACGAAAAAGAAUUUAGAGACAAAACGAGAGGAGAAGGAGACACAAUUGGAGAGAUAAAGAUUGAAAAUUGAGAAAAGUGAAGGAGUGAAAAAGUGAUAGAGAGAAAAAGAGAGAGAAAGAGAGAAAGGUAAAGGUAAAGGUAAAAAUAA